GGUGAGAGAGAGAGAGAGAGGGGGUGGAGAGGGGCAAGGAGGAGAUGGGGCGGACACCGAGGUCGAUCGUGGAGGAUGAUUACGAGAUGUGAUAGAAUAUCUAGGGAUGCUUAUCUUCUGGGUGGUGGUACCUUGUGCUGAAAAAGAAAUCGCAGGCUCAACUGUGAGCAUACAGUUGCUUCAAGCAUCACUAGAACAAGUGCUUCAUUUGGAGAGCUGUAUUGUCCACACCAAAGUGACUGAACAACAAAAGCAAGCUGCUGCUGAUGUUCUGUUACAAUAUUCACAAUUUGUCAUGGUGUGCAUUGGGGAGGGAGUUCGACCAAGUGAUCUAAGGUUGCACUUGAUGAAGGAAAUUUCAGGAAUGCCGACCUCGUUGAAGAAAGAACCUUUAUCAGCAGUAGCUUCUCCUGAUUCCACAGGCGAACCAUCAUCAUCAGGAAUAUUGAAAGGAGACAAAAUUGAAGGCUCCUAAUAAUCUUGUCAUGAAAAAUAAGUUAUUGGCUCAUAUUCUGAUCAGGCAUAUAGACUCGGCCUGAAUGAGGACAUCAUCCUCUUAAUUCUGUAAACCUCAAGGAGAAAGUUACAAAAUGUAGCUUGCACAUAAUGGAUGAAAAAGUUUCCUAAUGGAUGUCUUCUUGGGUGUAAAUAUAAUGCAUUAUGUCGAUAUAAAUCAUUAUGUGUUUUUUUUAGUAUAUAAUUCAAUGUGUUAUCACUCUUAUAAGUAGAAACAGGAUGUCAUUCAGUGUU